CAGUACGGCACAUUUGGAUUUCCGGUCAGAAACUGAGGCGGAGGGAGAGUGUACGAGAGAAUGGAGAAGAUAUGCGUUGCAGUGCGAAUGCGACCGCCGGUCAGCCACGAGAUCCUGAAUGGAGUUGCUUACUGGAAGGUUGAAGAUAAUCGAAUUUCUCUUCACAGAUCUCAAGGCACCCCUGUCUCCGGUGCUUCCUACGCAUUUGAUCAUGUGUUCGACCCAAAUUGCACAAACCAGAAGGUGUAUGAGCUUCUUACGAAGGAUAUCGUUUAUGCUGCAAUAGAUGGAUUCAAUGGAACUGCAUUUGCAUAUGGGCAGACUAGCAGUGGAAAGACGUUCACCAUGAAUGGAUCAAACAAUGAUCCCGGAAUAAUUCAUCGAGCAGUUGUAGAUAUAUUCAAGAACAUUGAGAUGAGAACAGACCGGGAAUUCCUUAUCCGAGUCUCCUAUAUGGAAAUAUACAAUGAAGAGAUUAAGGAUCUCCUUGCAAUUGAGAAUCAAAAACUGCAAAUCCAUGAAAGUUUAGAGCGUGGAGUAUUCGUUGCAGGUUUGCAGGAACAGAUUGUCAACAAUGCUGAACAAGUGCUUAUGCUGCUUCAGUCUGGGGAAGUUAAUAGACAUUUUGGUGAGACAAACAUGAAUGCAAGGAGCAGUAGAUCUCACACUAUAUUUAGGAUGGUAUUAGAAAGCAAGGGAAAGGAUUCUGAAUCUGAUGAUGCAAUUCGUGUCUCUGUUUUGAAUUUGGUUGAUUUAGCUGGCUCUGAACGCAUAGCUAAAACUGGAGCUGGUGGAGUUCGUCUGAAGGAAGGAACAUUCAUUAAUAAGAGUCUAAUGGUCCUUGGAAAUGUAAUUAACAAACUGACUGAUGGGGGAAAGCAGAGGGCUCACAUUCCAUUUCGAGAUAGCAAAUUGACUCGCAUACUUCAACCAGCUCUUGGUGGGAAUGCCAAAACGUCAAUAAUAUGCACUUUAGCUCCUGAAGAGGUUCAUAUAGAAGAAACAAAGGGUACUCUCCAGUUUGCCAGCAGAGCAAAAAGAAUAACUAAUUGUGUUCAAGUGAAUGAGAUUUUAACGGAUGCAGCUUUACUUAAGCGCCAAAAGCUAGAGAUUGAGGAAAUGCGUAAGAAGCUUCAGGGAUCUCGAGCUGAAGUACUAGAACAAGAGAUUUUGAAAUUACGCAAUGACAUGCUCAAGUAUGAACUUGAUCAUGAGAAGCUUGCAAUGGAGCUAGAGGAGGAGAGGAAAUCACAGAAAGAACGAGACCAGUGCAUCAAGGAGCAACAAAUAAAGAUCAACAAUCUCUCUAAUCUCGUCACUCUGCCAGAGCCUGAUAACAAAUCUAGCCAGGAUAAUGAACUUGCUAAAGAAAACACCAAGGAAGAAAGCAUUAACAGUCAUGGGGUACUUCAGGAAGAUGCUUUUAAUACCCCUUGUUUUAAGGCUCGUCCAAACGCUUUUGUUGCUAGGCGAUCAAAUUAUUCGUUACCACGUGACUGUAGUCCUCUUCCAGAUACAUUUAGCAAUUUUGUUGAUGAAGAUCAAUGGGCACAGAUGAACAACGGUUUUGUAUUUGACCUUGAUUCAAUUAACAUGACUCCUGCAAGAAAAGUUCAAUCCUUCCCAAAUGUUAGUGCAACUCCUGGUUGCUCCAAUUUGGACUCCAAACAAGAGAUUCAGUCCCUGAAGGAGCAGUUGGAACAGACUUUGAAAGAAAAGGAGGAGCUUGAGAGGCACCACCAGAGACAAGUCAAAUUGAAUGAUGAGUUAGCUCAACAAUUAUCUGAACUUCAGAAGGAGUCAGUAUUAACUGAAAAGAUUCCUCAGCAUCUGCUUGAUUCAGUCAGAGAAUGUAAAGAUGUGUACCAGAACGUUUUCUCAAGUCUUAAGGGUUUUAUUGCCGAUGACAACUCAUCUACAACAAAGUUACUUUCCAGCACAGGUGAUGUUGGUAUCAGCCUUUUCUCAACUUUAGAAACACAUUUAUGUGAAGUCAUGUCUGAGAACACUGUCCUGAUUCAAGAACAAACUGAAAUACUCUCUGAUGGCUUAAAUGGAACAAUUACUACUACACCCUUGGUAUCAUCUUCAGAACUAUCAUCAACUACAAAUAAUCCUUUGAGUAGCUUGGAAUACAAGGACUGCAAUAUGGAAAGGCUGAAGGAAAAGCUGAAGGAAAGGCUGGAUAUUGAACUUGUCAAAGGAAAGGAAAGGUUCCAGAACUUGUCAAAAGAACUGGAAACCAUCAACGAUGUUCUAGAAGAUUCUAGAGAAAGAUACGAAUGUUUGCUGAGGGAUCUCGAACUCUUGAAAGGAGAUAAAGAUACUCUACUGUAUAAAGUGUCGAGUUUGUCUGAAACAAUUUCAACAAUGACAAAUGAAAAAGAGAACAUUUUGCAGAAUCUGAAUUCUGAAGUGCUGAAAAGGAAGAAUCUAGAAGAUGAUGUGAAACACUUCAACGUGGAUUAUGCAUGUCGAUGGAGAUCUUUCCAGGCUUUCCAAAGCCAAUUGAGUUCUGAAAUUGAGAAUUUAAAGGCAAUGAAAAUUUCAGUGUCCAAGUAUCUUGGACAGUCUUAAAUCAAUCCCUAUGUCAAAACUAUAAGUUGGGGUCAUUUCUUGACCAUAAUUAUAUCAACAUAUUGGGAUUAAGUUUGAAAUUUGAAUAUACAUGUGACAAUUUGUAUAUUUAACACUUUUAGAGUCCCGUUCUGAUUUGGAUACGGAUCUUGUUUUCGAAUAGGCUCAAUGUACUGUAUUAUAGUCAAAAUGAUUUGGCUUGCUAGUUUUUAUUUCCAUAAUGCAAUUUGUAUACUUAUUUUCAAGAUCAAUGUGUAUUAUUAGAAUACACAUGACUUGA